GUAUUGCUACUGGGUAUCUUCAUUGCGGUGGCUACAAGCCCUUCUGACGCCACUUCAUGUAAAAAAUGUCGACCAUAUUGGACUAACUACGGAAAUAGUUGCUAUCGAGUCUUUAAAUCAUUAAAGACUUGGAACGAGGCACAUGUGGCUUGCUCCUACCUAGCCAAAAAUAGUGAUCUCGUCUCCAUCGAAAGUGAUUCUGAAAACAAUUUUGUUUCUACGCUUUCCAAUUCAUACACAUACUGGAUUGGCUUGAUGAGGUCUGGCAGCAGUUGGCGCUGGUCGAACUACUCAACAUCUCGGUACAGAAAAUGGGGAUCCGGUGAACCCAAUAACGUUGGAGGAAAUGAAAAUUGCGUUCAUACGAAAAAGAAUGGCAAUUAUCUCACCUGGAAUGACAUUCGUUGUAGCGCUAGGUUAUCUUACGUAUGCGAAAUGCCCCCGUCAUAUUAA